UCAUACCGCAUUCUGAAACAUUCAGUGUGUAAACAGCAACAUGAAGGGAUCAACGGUUCUGGGCAUCGUAGUUAUCAGUGUUUUAUUGUGGAAUUUUGCACUAGCUGCCGAUGACGACGAUAAAGAUCCAAAUAUUUUCACCACAGAAAAUUUCAAAUAUUUCAUAGAGACAAAACAAAAGUACAACUGGUCGGAGGCGGCAACAGAAUGUGAGAAUAAAAAAAUGAAUCUGGUCUCGAUUGACACCAAAGCCAAAUCAGAUGAUGUGAAGAUAAUUCUUAAUGAAGCUUUCCUUAAUAACAAAAAGCGAAUACCAUCAAUGUUCAUUGGAGCAAAUGACUUGGUCGAAUUUCGUGACUUCAUAUGGCUACCCAAGGGUGAUGUUUUCACUUACACCAACUGGGAAAAGAACGAACCAAAUAAUUAUCGAAAACUAAAUGAGCGAUGCGUUCAUCUGGGCUACCACGGAGAUGAAAAAUGGAACGAUAUAAACUGUGCACGGAAACUGGGUUUUAUAUGUGAACAACUAUUAAAUCCCGAAGGUGGUGAAGCGGUGCCAAAGGUGUAGUUUUAAAUUUAAUACCUAAGUGAAUGUAAUGCAAGAUUUGAUUUUAAUAAAUCUAAGACUUAAAAAAAUCCCAGA